AUGGCGAGCGUCGAAGAAGAGUCGGGUCAAUUGGCCUCUGGUCAAAAUGCAAGCCGCUCAAUCUUUCAUAGGAUUUGGACGCACUGUUGGUUCCAGAUCAUCUUGAUGAGUUUCAUAUGCUUUUGCUGUCCAGGAAUGUACAAUGCCCUCACCGGCCUCGGGGGAUCUGGUCAGGUCAAUCAAGCUGUAGCUGCCAAUGCGACGGUAGCUCUUCUUGCCGCGACCGCCGCGACUGCAUUGUUCGUAGUUGGACCGAUCUUCGAGCGUGUUGGCCCUAGAGUGUGUUUGUUGCUUGGUGGUUGGACAUAUCCCCUGUACUCUGGGAGUCUUUUGUGUUUCAAUGCGACAAACAACGGCGCUUUUGUGAUUGCUUCUGGUGCCAUUCUUGGUGUUGGCGCAUCAUUCCUAUGGGUUGCGCAAGGUGCUAUCAUGACGACUUAUGUGCCCGAGUCGCAGAAAGGACGUGCAAUCGCCGUCUUUUGGAUCAUCUUUAACCUCGGCGGUGGCGUUGGAUCUCUCGCCAGCUUCGGUCUCAACUAUAAUUCCAAAAGCGGGACUGUCUCGGAUGGAACAUAUAUCGCUUUGUUGAUCAUCAUGGCAAUUGGAUGGCUACUGGGCGUGCUUAUUUGCCCACCCACUUCCGUUCGCUCAGCUCAGUUAAAGUCAACACCCGACAGUGAGAAGAACUGGCGACAAAUUCUGCGUCAGUCAGUCAAUACUGUUGUUGACUGGCGCGUGCUCUGCAUGCUGCCGCUAUUCUUCUCCGCGAAUGUCUUCUACUCGUAUCAGCAGAAUGCUGUAAAUGGCAUGAACUUCAACAUCCGGACACGGUCGCUGAACGGUGCCCUAUACUGGAUUGCCCAGAUGCUGGGUGGACUCAUCAUUGGACUGAUCCUUGAUAUGCCUGGUCUCAGCCGGCCUAUGCGAGCCCGUGUCGCCUGGGUAUUUCUGUUUGUAACUGGCAUGGCUAUUUGGGGAGGUGGCUAUGUAUUUCAGAGAUGGUCGGAUCGUCGACUGGCACAGGGUCUGAAACAGGAUAUUGACUACACGGAUUCUGACAUCUCCGUGGGACCGAUGUUUCUGUAUAUAUUUUAUGGCGCGUACGAUGCAUUCUGGCAGUCGUUCUGCUACUGGCUCAUGGGUGCCCAGUCCAACUCUCCGGCAAGAACUGCUGUUCUGGUGGGCGCAUAUAAAACCUUCCAAAGCACUGGGGGUGCAAUGGCGUGGCGUGUGAACGCUCUCGCAACGCCAGCGAUGACUCAACUUGCUAUGGACUGGGGUCUUUGCAUGGGCUCUUUGUGUAUCGCUAUCCCCACUGUGUUGGCAGUCACUUUAACCAGUGAUCAUGUUUCAGUUCAUGGCAUGGAUUCAGUGGACGCGGAAAAGCCCCAAGCUGAUGUGAAAUCCUGA